AUGCUGUGCCAGAGGCGCACACGGGUGGUGCUGGCUUUGUGCCUGCUGCUGGUCCUGUGGCAAUGUUUCCGAGCCCCCACAGAUGGCCUUGGCCCCUUCCCUUGGGCUCCCUCCCUCCUCAACACCCCUGCUGCCCGUUGCACCGCCAGCGCCAACGGCUCUGCAUGGUUCAACGCCCGCUACAACACGGCCAUGGGGCCUCUGCUGACGGGCACAGCCCAUGAGCUCUCCGCCGAUGUGGUUCAGUGGUGGACCCUGCAGGGUCCUCCACGUGGCAUCCAGCUCGAGGCCAUAAUUCAACGGCUCUUCACUGUCCUCCCACCGCUGACCAGUGGCAUGUGGGACUCGUCUCGCUGCAGGACUUGUGCGGUCGUGGGAAACUCGGGGUGGCUGAGGGGGUCUGGCCAUGGACUGCGGAUCGAUGCCCACGACUGGGUGCUGAGGAUGAACAGAGCAAAGAUUGCUGGCUUUGAGCGGGAUGUUGGCGUGAGAACAACACAUCAUUUCAUGUACCCAGAGAGCGCGGUGAACCUCGGGCCCGGUGUCCACCUUGUCCUCGUCCCCUUCAAGCCACUGGACCUGCAGUGGGUGGCCAGCGCCUUCUCCACUGGAGAGCUCACACACACAUACGUGAGAGUGAACCGGUUCAUCAAAGCUGACAGAAACAAGGUGCUGAUCCUGAGCCCAGCUUUCCUCAAGUACAUCCAUGACAACUGGACACAGCAUCACGGGCGGUACCCCUCCACCGGCUUCACGGCCCUGCUCUUCGCACUGCACGCCUGCCAGCAGGUGUCUGUGUUUGGCUUCGGAGCAGACCGUGAAGGGAAUUGGCACCACUACUGGGAGAAAAACCGCUGGUCUGGAGCCUUUCGCAGGACAAGAGUCCAUGAUGCUGAUGUCGAAUUCAGCCUCAUUGAGAGACUGGCAGCUGAAGGCAGGAUUUUAUUCCACAAAUGA